AUGGCAGCCAAAAUUGCGUUUGUUUUAUUCAGCAUUGUGGCUAUGUGCUCAGCAGCUCCCAGUUUCUUCAAAGGAUUCGGCAAAGGUCCCAUCCACGAACAUCAUAUCAUCCAUGUUCCUCUGAACAUACCGGAACACAUCCAUAACGUCCAUCAUCAUCAUGUUGAAAAAGUGCAUGUGCCGGUUGUCCAGAAGGUUUUGGUCCAUGAUCAUCAUGAUCACCAUGAACAUCACCACGAUGUCUCCGCUCAUCACGUUGAUUUCCAUGGAGCCGACUUCCACCACGGAGCUGAUAUCCAUCACGGAGCAGCCAUCCACCACGCAGCUGACUUCCAUCAUGGAGCUGAUAUCCACCACGGAGCUGAGUUCCACCAUGGAGCCGAUUUCCAUCACGGAGCUGAAUUCCACCACGGAGCCGAUUUCCACCAUGGAGAUGCCAUCCACCACGAUGUCCAUUCUCAUACUAAAAUCCAUCACGCUCCAAUCCACCACGCUGAACCAGGCUGGUGGUAA